CAAAGCAGCCUCCCCAAAAGUUGCCAAAACUCCUUUUCAAAAAUAAAAUUCGACAGUUGGACCAGAAAAAAAUCACAACGUCAAUAUUCAUCCCUUUCUCUUAACGCAAGAACUUGUUUAUUGCAAACAUCAAAUUCAGACCCACAAAUCUCUCUGAAAAAUUCACUCGAAAUCCGAAGAGAAGAAGAAAAUGUCAGUAACAAUGGAUGAUCCCAAUUCGUUUGUAAUAGACGAGGCGUAUGAGUUCUCUGCACCUCGAUUUUAUGAUUUCAUUGACGAAGAAACUGAAGAGGAAACACAAAAGGCUGAGCUUUGGUUUCACGUUACUAGUAGCUGUGCUCCUUCUCCUUUUAUGCCAAAAAUCAAGACUAGUAGAAUGGUUCAACUUGAGAGCUUGUGUGUCUUCACUGAUGCUGAGGAGUUGCAGGACAAUGCAAGGCCUGCAGCUGAGCUCAUUUCGUCUGAAAGUAAAACCGAGGUAACGCCAAAUUUGAUCAUAGCAGAACCUGUUACCAGUCUUCCUGAUUCGGAAUCUGAAGAGAAUUCUACAAUCAAAGGUCAUGUAACAGAAACUUGCAUCCCAGGACCAACAAGAACAUCUCAGAAGAGUGAAUCUCGGGAGACUAAUAACUCCAAGAGGCAACAAACAGCGAAAAAGAUUGCGAGCAUACUUAGAAACCCUUCAGCAUUAAAGUCAAAAACUCAACCACAAGAGUCACAUCUAAGGAGCUCUAAUCAAGCUACUGUUAGAAAGCAAGCAAUCAAGAAAAGUGACGUUAGAACUCCGAAUUUCGCACAAGAAAAUCAAGCAGUAAAGAGACAAAAACUAGAAGAGGGAAGAUCUAGGAAGAUUCUUGAUAUCAAACCUCCUCAACAUUUGCCGCACAAAACAAGACUUGGUGUAGCUAACAGUAGCUCUAACUUGUUUUCAUCAGCAGCUAAAACUCGAAAGGAGGAAAGAAAGAUGUAUGUUAGGUCACUUAUUUCCCCAUUUAUUUCAACGGCAGAAAUGAUAAAGAAGUUUCAAUCUGGCAUGAAUUCUACUUCAAAUGGUGAUCUGACUGGACGAGCACAGAGAAAGCCAAAACUUACAUUAACCAGGCCUAAAGAACCCGAAUUCGUAACAGCUCAACGUGUCCGUCCAACAAGGGUGAAAAGUUCAGCAGAACUUGAGGAAGAAAUGAUUGCUAAAGUUCCCAAGUUCAAGGCUCACCCAGUUAACAAAAAGAUUUUGGAAGCUCCAACUCAACCAUUAUUAUUACCUAAAAGUACACCCCAACUUCCAGAAUUUAAGGAGUUUCACUUGGAAACAAUGGCAAGGGCCAACAUGAACACAGAUACAACUUCAGUUCAAUCAAUAGAAUCUUCUCAGAGUCAUCAGUGGCAGCCACAUCUUACAGCACCUAAAUCACCUGUUCUCAGAACAUCACUACGAGCACGGCCGCCAAUUGCCAAAAGCACAGAAGAACUGGAAAAGGAAGAACUUGAAAAAGCACCAAAAUUCAAGGCAAGGCCUUUGAAUAAGAAGAUUCUUGAAAGUAAAGGAGAUUUGGGAAUGUUCUGCAACACAAAGAGGCAGGUGACUGUACCUCAGGAAUUUCACUUUGCCACAGACAAAAGGAUUCCACCUCAAGCUAACUUUGAUGAUCUGUUUGACAAGCUUUCCUUGAAUUCUCAACCUCCAAAUGACAAGACUAUUCCCAGAAACACGAAGCCAAAUCCUUUUCAUCUCUACACUGAGGAACGAGGAGUCGAGAAAGAGAGGAAGUUGUUCUCUGAACUUCUACAGAAACAGAUGGAGGAAGAGAGGUCCAGAAAUCCAAAAGCAACUCCAUAUCCUUAUACUACUGAUUAUCCCAUGAUUCCACCAAAACCAGAGCCAAAACCGUGCACGAAGCCACAGCCUUUUGAACUUGAGAGUCUCAUUAGGCAUGAAGAGGAGAUGAGAAGGGAAAUGGAAGAAAGGAAGAGAUUGGACGAGGAAGAAGCUAAGAUGAGGUUAUUUAAGGCGCAAUCAAUCUUGAUUGAGGACCCGAUUCCAGUUCCUGAGAAAGAACGGAAACCGUUCACUCAGGUUCAGGAAUUCAAUCUACAUGUCGAUCACCGCGCCAUUGACAGAGCUGAAUUUGAUAAGAAGAUUAAGGAGAAAGAAAUGAUGUAUAAGAGGUAUCAGGAGGAGGCAGAAUGUGCAAGAAUGAUGGAAGAGGAGAAGGCCUUGAAACAGCUACGGAGAACUUUGGUACUGCAUGCAAGACCUGUGCCUAAUUUUGAUCAUCCUUUCCUACCUCAAAAGUCUUCCAAACAUGUGACGAGACCAAGCUCCCCCAAGCUACAGGUUGUUAAAAGGAAAGAGAGAAGGAAAAUGCUCUGCCCCUAUGCAGCAGUUUCUAGUGCUGCCUCUCAAAUGAGGUGAUUGUAAUUGACUUGGGUCAUUUAAAACCGGAGAGAGGACAGCUCAGUGAGUGCCAUGAUGGAUAUUUUCUUUAGCAUAUUAGUGAUGUGUGUAAUAAUUCUGUAAUAAUAAUAAGCUCACACCGUUUACUUAACCACAUAAUUAGAGUAUUCAUUUAGCUUUAUCAUCUCAGCAGUAUUCUGCAGUAAGCUAUGUUAUAUAGUUAACACUUUGUAUCCAACUUUGUAAUUAAACAAAAGUUACACAAUUUUAAUAUUCUCAUGUCAAC